UAAAUUAGCAGACGACAGUUUACAUGUGAGCAGACGAUAAAGAAACCUAUUGGUGAUAAUGGGACAGAAAGAAGAUAUUGUCCACAGUUUAGUAGAAGAUUAGUUUUGAUAACAGGGAAGAUUCUGUAUAUGUUGUUUUAGUCCAGAAGUGAAGAAAUCAGAAGUAAAGACUUUUAAAUCGUGGAAAGUGAUAGUUGAAGAAGUGUGCAGCGUUUGAUGGGCUAUUGUUACACUUGACUGAAAUGGAUAGCAAUCACAGGUGACUUAUCAAGGUAUCAGCCACUAAACAGCGGUCAAAUAAUCAGACUACCAACCAUGUAACCAUAUACAUUUAAACCAGUACAAUUAGAAAGGGAAAUCCAGUUUUGACAUUCAUACCAUUUAUCUUCCACUAUAUAUACCAAUGUUUGAAGUCUACCCAAUGUACCUGUGUGAUCCACAGAAAAAGGGACCACCAUGAAUGAAAUGGAAAGACAUAUUCAACAGACAAUAGAUAGACUUAGUUGUAUUAAACAGCAUUUGUCUUCACCUUCAGGGUUUCAGAACGCAGCACGUGAGCUACUUGAGUGGUGCUCAGACUUAAGAGCUUUCCAGCCUCCUUUUGAAGGCAGUCUAAUUAGCUGUUUAACAAUUGUCAGUAGAGUAGCAGCCCAGCCUGGAUAUGACCUUGACCUUGGUUAUAGGUUACUUGCAGUAUGUGCUGCCCACAGAGAAAAGCUGAGUUCUAAAUCUUCAGCCUUACUGUCAAUGUGGUGUGAGGAACUUGGAAGACUGUUAUUACUGCGACACCAGAAAAACAGAACUCCUGAUUCCAAGUCACCAGGAAUGCAUUCACAGUUACAAAAUAAAAUGCCACCUAUGCCACCCAUGUCAGGGUAUGUAAAGACAUGUGAUCCGAAUGGUCCAUGGUGUACAGGAAAUCAAGGCCAGUCUGGACCAGGUUUAUCUGUAGUAACCACCGUCUGGGGAAUGACCAAUACUACGCAAACAGCGCCAUUUAAUCAUCAAACACCGGGAUAUACCACUACCAUGUCAUCAACAAACUAUACGCAACAACCAAACUUCCAAGUUAAUGCAUUACAGAAAGGACCAUACAACCCUACUUCAUUAUCAAACAACAUUCCAUAUCGUCGUCCAAGUUACCCUCCUACUCCAAAUACCCCAGGAUCAAAUACACCAAGUAAUAAUGAUUACCCUGGAGCACCUCAACAAGGAAAUCCAGCACUGGCACAAGCUUUAGUAGCGGCAGCAGCCACAGCCUCAGCCACAGCAACGGCAACUGCCACCAUGAUGAUGCAGAAUGAUCCACAGAUGAAUAACAACCAACCAAUGAAUGUCCAAAUGAACUAUGGUCCAGGCAUGCAGCAACAGAUGCCAAUGGGUCAGUAUGGGAAUCAGUAUCCUCCAGGAAUGUCUCAAAGACACCCUGGUCCCAUGAAUAUGGGACCUGGUCCAGGGGCAGGUCCAGGCCCAAUGAUGAGAAAUCCCAUGUAUACCAGAAGACCAGCACCAUAUCAUAAUCCUCACAAUCCAAAGAUGGGGACACGACCUUCUUUUCCAAAUGGUCCACAGUAUGGUGAUCAGUAUAACAACCAACAGCAGUAUUCUGGUGGAAAAUACCCACCGACACAGCAGCCACUUCCUUCACCUACAUACCACCAACAACCAGGAAUGCGACCCAACCCUGGUGGCCCAUAUCCCAGCAUGCCUAAUGGUCAGGCAUACUACAAUAAUCCAGUUGGCAGAUCAAUGCCACCCCAGCCACAGAACUUUAAUUAUAACAUGGGACAACAAGGCAUAUCUUCACCACCAUCAAAUUAUCCUCAUUCCCCAUUACCUGGAAAUCCGACCCCACCCAUCACUCCUGGGCCAGGUCCUAACGGUUAUAAUGGACCUAUGCCAAAUGGACCACCAAUGCCAAUUAAAAAAGAUCCUGAAGAAUUACGAUUGACGUUUCCUGUACGAGAUGGUGUGGUGUUACCGCCUUUUAGACUGGAGCAUAACUUGGCAGUUAGUAACCAUGUCUUCCAUCUGAGGGAAUCUGUUUAUCAGACAUUAAUGUUCAGAUCUGAUUUAGAGUUACAGCUGAAAUGUUUUCAUCACGAGGACAGACAGAUGAAUACUAACUGGCCAGCAUCCGUCACAGUCAGUGUCAACGCUAAUCCUCUCAACAUUGAACGUGGGGAAAAUAAAACCUCUCAUAAACCAUUAUACCUCAAAGAUGUCUGUCAACCAGGCAGAAAUACCAUUCAAAUUACAGUCACUGCAUGUUGUUGUUCUCAUUUGUUUGUUCUACAAUUAGUACAUCGACCAAGUGUACGAUCAGUUUUACAAGGGUUGUUACGGAAACGGUUGUUACCAGCAGAACAUUGUAUUACAAAAAUCAAAAGAAAUUUUAGCAAUGUUGCACCAAAUUCAUUAAAUGGUGAAGAUGGAGUUGAACAAACAGCGAUUAAAGUUUCAUUAAAAUGUCCAAUCACCUUCAGACGGAUAACACUGCCGGCAAGAGGUCAUGAAUGUAAACACAUACAGUGUUUUGAUCUUGAAUCAUAUCUACAGUUGAAUUGUGAAAGAGGGUCAUGGAGAUGUCCAGUUUGCAACAAAACAGCAUUAUUAGAAGGUUUAGAAAUAGACCAAUAUAUUUGGGGUAUUCUGACAAAUCUUCAGACGACAGAGUUUGAGGAAGUUACUAUUGAUCCUCUGGCAGCAUGGAAACCUGUACAACAUAAAACUAUCAAAGAAGAGGAAGCCGAGUCCUGUAGUGGUCGAUGGAUAAAAGCUAUGUCUCCAUCAAGUAUGCAGUUGCCCACCAUGAAUUCAUGGGAUGUGGGUCGAGGGCCGUCACCAUUUACUGGGAACAUGCCACCUUCAUCACAGAAUAUGCAGGGUCCACCUUAUUCAAACAUGCACAGCAAUGAUGUCAUGCCAAAUGGAGGCCCAUCACCUAUGAGCUAUCAGCACCCCGCUACUCCCGGGGAUUAUAACAAUCCUCUCUCACACAUGUCACCUCCCACAAGUGUGGAAGCCAUGAAUAGCAUGAACAAUGUAAAUAUUAAAAGUGAACUUCAUUCUUCUGUAGACAUUCAAAAUCAUAUGAAUCAGUAUUUACCAACCGUGAGUGACACGACGCCGUUGCGACAUCCUGAUUCAAGCAAUAUUAACAAUUGUGGAACUCCAUCCAGCCAAUCACAGAACCAAAUUAAUGGCAGCCAACUUAACCAUGGUACACCAAAUGGAAUUCAGUCGAACAAUUCAGGGGCAGAUAAUAAUACUAUAGGAGAUUUGAGCUUUGACCCAUCAAGUGUGAUAGAUGGUGAAGGUCAAACUCCAACAUUAGAUCUUGAUUUGAACUUAACAGAUCCUAUGGAGUUGUUAUCAUAUUUAGGGCCUUCGGAAAAUUCUAAUAAUAACUCAGGUUCAGUCACAUCGGGAAACACAGGGAACAAUCAAAACUCUUCUAAUACUACGUCGAGUAACAAUGACGAUUUACUGGCCUUGUUUGAAUGAUCAGUUGAGUGACAAAUGACACACACAGCAUAGGGCCAGUAAAUUGGAGACGGUUUGUUUCCUGUAAACAGUGCUAUUGUUUUUCAUUACUACUGCAAAUGGUGGACUGUGAAUGUUGAUUCAUGUUUAAAUCUGCCAGUGUAAAUUCAUAAUCGUAGAAGUGGUUGUUGAAACAGGAGGGUAAUAAGGUGCAAAAUUUGUGGACAGUGAUAGCCGUUGAGGUUGAUAUCAACAAGUUUUAGCAUUCAGUUUACUGCUAUGUAAUCUGUAUCAUGUGAUCAACAUUGUCAUGCAAAAAAAAAAAACAAUAUGGUAGACAGAUCUGCAAGAACAAUGAUCAAUUUCAUCGAAACUCAUUCAUUUAUUUAUUUUAUCAUUGUAUCUCAAUUUGACUUGCCCAAAGAAAACAGUACAGAACAUUUAUUCAUGUGAACAAACUCUUCGUGCAAAAUGAAGGAUAGUGACCUUUGAGCUAUUUACAAUGAUCAUGUGACUUUAUACAGAUGUGAUAUGUUUAUUAUCAGUAAAUAUGCUGGUCUUGACCAAGACAUUAUACUUUAAAAAGGCAGCAUUAUCAAUAUCAUGUGAAAAUCAAGACACAUUGUGCUUAUAAUGAUGAUGACGAUGUUGUCAUGUUGUCAUUUGGGAAAAUCCUAAUUGUGGUUGUUAUCAUGGACUGCAAUACAUUAUAAUUGUGAAAUGCUGUUGCAAAAUAAGGAGCAUUUUGUUAGAAUCAUAUCUCAGUGCAAAAAUCAUGAACUUAAAAUUGCAAUAAUUUGAACUAUUUCAAUCUUCUUGCUCUUCACAAUUCACAAGUAUUGGUCAAGCUAUUUAUGGUCUAUAUCUAUUGAAUGGUUUAAGCUCUAGUUUAAUGUCUCAAUUUUUAUUAAAUUUUGCUGCUAUUAAAUAUUUUAAAAACAUUCAGAAUUUUUUUAAUUCAAAACUAAAUAAUCAUUGAAUAGUAAAUUUUAAAAUGAAAGUGCAUAGAUCAUAAAUUUUGGUUUACGAUAUAAAACUUGGAUUUUUUUUACGAGCAAACCAUGAAUCUUUGCUGAAGCAGAUUAUUUUAAAAGAGGAAUUUAAUUUCUACGAAUUUUCUAAUUUAUGGAAGGAUCCAUUUAAGAAACAGCCUCUUUCUGAUCUGCACAUAAAUACUACUGUAAAAAAUUUAAAGUGCAAUAUAGAUGCCUUACUUAAUGUGAUCAACAAAUUUGUAUUUAUUUUCAUAGUUCUUUGUAGAAUUUCUUGAAUUAUUUUUUUUUAAUGUAGACAGUCAUAUCAUAAAAAAACAAUUUAUUUUACAUGCAAUCUAUUUUUCGCAAUUUAUAAUCACAGUGUUAGAAGUCUUUACUAAAUAAGUAACAGAAUCUGCAUUACAUUCAGUGAUGAUACUAAACUAAGAAGCAGACUUUGAAAAAAAAAGUGAUGAAGAAUAUCUCUUAGAAAGGUCAAUACAAAAGGUAUAUGACUGUCUACACCAAAUAUUUUUUAUAAAUUGUUAAGAGACAACAUGUACUUUUUUGCAAACUUAACUGAUUAAUUUUAAAUCAUUUGUGCAAUUAUAUGAAAAGAAUUUAUCUUUGGCAAUUCAUUUGUAAUCAAUGUUUACCAUGACAAUUCGAAAUAUUUUUAAUUUUUUUAAGAAAAAUUGUUAUUUUGUUGUUUUUAAACCCAGAACAUUGAAUUAUUUUUAUGAAAUCACCAUUACAAAUCAGUUCAUUUCACCUUGUUGACAUCUUUUUAAAAGAUCUUGUAUGAAUUAUUUUGUCUCGCGCAAGGCGUUAAUUAUUAUUUAUAAUGUGAAAGACAUUUUUUAACUGUUUACUGUGGUUUUAAGAAGAUAAUGAAAGGAGAUGAGUUUGCCAAUUUUUUGUUUAUGUUGUACUGUUGACUAUAAGCAUUAAUUUACAUUUUUUGCCAGUGUUUAUAUAUAACCAGAUUUAUCAUAUACCAGUGUAUUAUAUAUGUAAAUUAUUUAAGAUGUGAACGCAUCAUCUGUACAGAAAUUUGAAAAUGAAAUUUAACGUAACCAUGGCGUCUGUUUUUUGUGCCGAAGCCAAGUUCAUAUAACAAAAAGUAGAUUAGUUUUAAAACAUUUCUCUGUAUAUAUUGACUUUUUAUAAGUAGAAACAUGAUUUGUAGUCAUAAACAAAUAUAUAAACUAUUUUUUGUGAAGAUUUAUUUAUGCUUUAUGUCUUCUCAUUGGCAGUCAGUUGUAGAGUCACUUUUGCCAGUUGGUUUGCAACAGUUUUGCUUAUUGCCAAAAUCAGUCUUAUUGUGUUACAUAAAAUAUGAUUGUUGCAGAAGAGUUUUCGAUCAAUAUUUUCAUUUAUUUUUUAAAUGAUAGUAAAAAUUAUGCAUUAAUUUUAAUCUUAGGAAAAAAUCUCAUUGUUUUUUCGUUUAUUACUCUUUCAAGUUUAAAUAACACAUUUCCUCUGAUUUUUUCUUUGUUUUUAAUGGAAAAAUCAAAGAGAAAAGGUAGCAAGUAGAUUUGUUUUGGCAGCAAGGAAAAUGUAUGUUGCAGUUCAUUUGAAAGAGAUUUGCAUUUGAAGAAUAAUGAAAUAAUUGCCCCCCUUUUCAGCAUUCUGUUUAUACAGCUGUAGUUACCUGGGUUAAAAAUCUAAAAUCUGUCUAUGCAAUGUGCUAUGUUAACUUUUCACGUUUUUGUUUGAUCAGGGAAUAAUUAUAAAGCACAUUAUUUUAUCCGUCAGCUAUGCAUACUCUCAGGAUUAGCAUACAUCCAGAUUUCUGAUAUCACGUGCAGAUCUCUUUCAGCUGAGUAUUUGUUUCCAUCUGUUACUUCUAAAUGUGACAAAGAGUAACUUUUCUACCUGCCCCUUUAAUUCUGGUUGUGUUGUCAAUUUAUGACAAAAACGCAUUUCAUAUAUUUUAGAAAUUAUAUAUUCAAAAAUAAAUUCAUGGCAGCCUGAAAAGUAUUCACUUGGCAAAAAGUUCUUAGCAUUCAAUUGUUGUAGGUUGCAAUAGGUUAUCUGUUGAUGGCUCCCCUCAGUUGUAUUAGUUCCUCCCUUUUAAUGUGAAAUAAUCAAUUUUGCAAUAGAAAAAAAAGCCAAUUAAUGCAAUAGUUUGUCAUAAUAUCUUGGCAAUAUAAAUUCAUUUUCCCUAAACCAAAGAAGAUUAAAAGGAUCGAAAAAAUAUCAGUUCUUUUAUUUGUAAACAAAGAAAGUGCUCAUGAUCAUUUUAAUAAAACCAUAAAGAGUGGUAUAUGUGUUAUUGAAUGCUCUAGUUUUAAUUUUAUAUGAAAUGUUACUUAAAAAAGAAAGUUGAUUUAUUUUUGUCUUUUUUACGUUAAUGACUUGCAAGAUGAAGUUCUUGAAGGGACCAUUAUCAAUACAGUUGAUCAAAUGCACUUCUUUCCAUGAGAACAAGAUGAUUCUAAAUGUUGCAAUUUGGACUGAUUAUUUCUAUAACAGAAAAAAAUUGUCCUUACAUGACAUAAUACAGUGUACAUGACAUUUCUAGACAUGAAGUAUUCAUUUUAAUCGCCAAAUACAGUUCUCUAAGAAUGAAACUAUGAAGAAUUUAUUUCAAAUAUCAUACAAUGCAUUGAAAGGGACUGAAAUUUUGAACAAGUGCAACAUUUAGACUCUAUCUUGUUUACCUAGGACACAUAAUACUAAACACAAUAAAUAUGUUCGGAUGCAGUCAGUGUUUUUAAAAUGGCUAUUUUUCUGUGAGAAAGUGCAAUCACAUGUUAGAUGUCACCUGCAACUAUGUACUUUAGUCCCUUACAUGUGAUCAUUAUUUAUCUAAUAAAAAAGGAAUUAUUACAAAUCAUAGAA